GUCGGCGAGUAUGUCUUGUCUGAACCUAUUGCCAGAUCAGACAGUCAUGAAGAAGGCGAGAUCAUUGAGAACACUGACCACCUCCACCGCCGUCUUGGAAACCGCCAAAUCCAGCUCAUGGCCAUUGGCGGCACCAUUGGAACUGCUCUCUUCGUCAGUAUCGGUGGUGGUCUCUACAAGGGCGGCCCAGCCAGCUUGUUCUUGGCCUACACCGUGUAUGCUUGUGCGUUGGGUUUCGUGAAUAAUUGCAUCGCCGAGAUGACGACCGCAUACCCCGUCUCUGGUGGUUUCAUCCGCCUUGCUGGACACUUUGUCGACGACGCUUUCGGAUUCAUGGCAGGCUACAACUUCUUUUUAUACGAGGCACUUCUGAUUCCUUUCGAAAUCACUGCUCUGUCUACUGUGCUUGACUUCUGGAGUGAUGAUAUCCCGCCGUGGGCUAUUCCUUUGGCUUGUAUCAUUCUUUACGGUAUCCUCAACGCUCUUGCCAUCAAGGUCUUCGGUGAAGCCGAAUUCUGGCUGUCUGGCGGCAAAGUCCUCUUGAUCUUCAUCGUCUUCUCCUUCACCUUCAUCACCAUGGUCGGCGGCAACCCCAAGCACGAUGCAUAUGGAUUCCGUAAUUGGGAACACCAUGCUUUCAAGGAGUACAGAAGCACAGGAUCACUCGGCAAAUUCGAGGGUUUCCUUGCCGCUCUCUGGUCUGCAUCCUUCUGCGUUACUGGUCCCGAAUACUUGUCCAUGGUCGCCGCUGAGGCCAAGCGUCCUCGUAUCUACAUCAAGAACGCUUUCAAGACUGUUUACUGGCGAUUCGGUCUCUUCUUCAUGGGUGGCGCAUUGGCUGUUGGUAUCGUUCUGAGCUCCACCGACCCCACUCUGAAGGCUAUCAUUAGUGGCAAGCAAAGCGGUUCCGGAACUGCCGCUGCUUCCCCCUACGUUAUCGCCAUGGCUAAUAUGGGCAUUACCGGCCUCCCCACCUCCGCCCUCCUGGUGACCUCGAUCUUCAGCGCCGGCAACACCUAUACGUUCUGCGCAACGCGUAGUUUGUACGGUCUUGCUAUCGAAGGCAGAGCACCCAAGGCUCUACGCUACUGCACCAAGAGUGGUAUCCCCAUUGUUUGCUUCGGUAUUGUCAUGGUAUUCCCUUGCCUUGCUUUCUUGCAGGUCAGUAACGGUUCGAAUGUCGUUCUGGGCUGGCUCAUCAACCUUGUCACUGCCGGAGGUGUCAUCAACUACUGGGUCAUGUCCGUCACUUACAUCUUCUUCUACCGUGCUUGCAAGGCACAAAACCUGGACAGAAACACUCUGCCCUACAAGGGUUGGUUCCAACCGUACUCUGCAUACAUCGGUGCCGCAUGGAUGACCAUGAUCGUCUUCUGCUACGGAUACACAUCUUUUGCUCCCUUUUCUGUCAGCGACUUCUUUAUCUAUUAUACGUUAUUGCUGGUCGCGCCAAUCACUUUCUUCGGCUGGAAACUCAUCAAGCGCACUCGCAUCCUUAGGCCUCUCGAGGUUGACCUUGUCUGGGAACGCCCUGUUAUUGAUAACUACGAGAUGACAUUCAUCGAUCCUCCACAGAGUUUCUGGUCAGAGAUGCUUGGGCCAUUGAUGUUCUGGAAGAAAUCGAAGGGUAGUGACAAGCAGAUGGAUCUCGGCGCAUGA